ACUAUUUCUGCUUCGGUGAAUACAAUGCGAUCAAUUAUAAUCCUAGAAAUUUUCUUGUUAUGUUGGACAUUUUCGAAGGUUGUAAAUAUGUUUUUAUUAAAGUGGCGGCAAUGCCGAUUAUUGGAGUGAUGGGUGAUACGUUGGCGACGUUGACUAUCUCCGAUAAU